UCCGAGCUAGCGCGUGGGGCCGCCGGGGGUCUCCGGUCCCGCCCGCGUGCCCGGUGUUUCUCCGCGGCUCCCCCGCCCUCGCAGGUCCGCCUCUUCUGCGACUCAGACGCGGCUCCGACGGCGUGUGGCCUCCCCGUCUUCGGACUCCUCGGCUCUGCCCGCCGCGCGAGUCGCCCCGCGGCUCUUCGCCUGGUGUCCGCGGGCCGUGCGGGGGCGGCGCCGGCGGGGGCGCCUCACCCCGGGCCGGCGGCGGUAAUGCUGCUGCGGUUGCCGCCCUUGCGGCCGGGCGGACAGCUGGCGGAGGCAGGAGCCGGAACCGGAGCGCCCUCGCCGCUGGCCGGGACACCGCCCUCGCCUGCGCUCGGCUCCCGCGGCCGCCGCGGGACGCCGGGGCCCGGCGCGGCAUGAGGAGGAGGCUGCGCGCUGGCGAGCGCCCAGCUCCUCUGCCCCUAGGGCCCCCGCGGGCCCCGGCGCGUUGCGCGCGCCGGUGGCGGCCCCGGCGCCCACGCUAGCCCCGCGCAGGCACGAGACGCCGCGACCCCGAGGAGGAGGCGGCGCAGGCCUGCCAAGCGCGGGCUGCCCGGACCCUGAGCGCAGGGGCGUCGCGACCUGGACCCCGGCGGGCGCGGGCAGCCGGAGCCGCGGGGGAGCCCGGCGUGCUGCAGUCGGCCGGCCCUCUCCGCAGGGGGGCCGCGGCGCGCAGCCCGCACCUCUCCCCACUUAAAGCCCCUCCUCCCGCCGCUACCUGGCGUAUCGAACGCGGGUCCUCGCCCUUUCACGGCCUCCUCGGGUCAUUUGGUCCCCGGGGCCCCCCCGCUCUGCGUCCCCUCCCCCUUUCCCGCGCGUCCUCCCACUCUUCCCCUCCCCCGGCUCCCCCGCCUCUCAUUCAUUCCGUCUGCUCCCUCCUCUCUCUUCCUUCCCGCUCUGGCCCCUCUAUCCCUGAUCCUCCCCGCGCGGACCCCGCUGCAGUCUCGGGGUUUUUAGCACAUUCAUGGAAGUUUAGGGCCUGGACGGUGCCCCCAAGUCCGCCUUGAGAGCGCAGCCCGAGCUGCCGGCCGGGAAGAGGAAGAUGUCUGUGCUCAGGCGGAUGAUGCGGGUCUCCAAUCGCUCCCUCCUCGCCUUCAUCUUCUUCUUCUCCCUCUCCUCGUCUUGCCUCUACUUCAUCUAUGUGGCUCCGGGCAUCGCCAACACAUAUCUCUUUAUGGUACAAGCUCGAGGAAUAAUGUUGAGAGAGAAUGUAAAAACAAUAGGACAUAUGAUCAGGCUGUACACAAAUAAAAACACUACACUCAAUGGUACAGAUUAUCCUGAAGGCAAUAAUUCAAGUGAUUAUCUUGUUCAAGCAACAACGUAUCUUCCGGGAAACUUCACAUAUUCGCCAUACCUCCCCUGCCCAGAAAAGCUGCCUUACAUGCGGGGAUUCCUCAAUGUCAAUGUAAGUGAAGUCAGUUUUGAUGAAAUUCAUCACCUCUUCUCCAAGGAUUUAGAUAUUGAGCCAGGAGGUCACUGGAGGCCUAAAGACUGUAAACCCAGGUGGAAGGUGGCAGUUCUCAUUCCUUUCCGUAAUCGCCAUGAACAUCUUCCAAUUUUUUUCUUGCAUCUGAUUCCAAUGCUCCAAAAACAGCGGCUGGAAUUUGCCUUUUAUGUCAUUGAACAGAAGACUGGCACACAGCCUUUUAACCGUGCAAUGCUCUUCAAUGUGGGCUUCAAAGAGGCCAUGAAAGACAGUGUCUGGGACUGUGUAAUCUUCCACGAUGUGGAUCAUCUACCUGAAAAUGACCGAAACUAUUACGGAUGUGGAGAAAUGCCACGUCACUUUGCAGCCAAGCUGGAUAAAUACAUGUAUAUUCUUCCUUAUAAAGAGUUUUUUGGCGGUGUAAGUGGACUGACAGUGGAACAGUUUAGAAAGAUCAAUGGUUUUCCUAAUGCCUUCUGGGGAUGGGGAGGAGAAGACGAUGACCUUUGGAAUAGGGUUCACUAUGCUGGAUAUAAUGUAACAAGACCAGAGGGGGACCUGGGAAAAUACAAGUCUAUUCCUCAUCACCAUCGAGGUGAAGUCCAGUUCUUAGGACGGUAUAAAUUACUAAGAUACUCAAAAGAGCGCCAGUACAUCGAUGGGUUGAACAAUUUAGUAUAUACGCCAAAAAUACUGGUUGAUAGGUUGUAUACAAAUAUAUCUGUAAACCUCAUGCCAGAGUUAGCUCCAAUUGAAGACUAUUAAAAGAAGUAGCUCUCAUGGCAAGAUAGACCACAAUGCUGGAUCGGGAACCUGGAGUACACUCUUAAUGGAGGUCAGUGAAUGGAUGUGUCACAGUGCCCUGGGUGGUGAGAAGAAGAGCCUGUGUUCUCAGUGUUUACUUGUGGGAUUGUAUACAGUCAGCCUUCUUCCACCCACCCAUCCUCUAUCCUGAGACACACCCCAUGGCGAGCACUGCAGAGACCAGAUGCUGUCGCUUAAGUCUGGCAGUCAAGAGAGCUCCCUACAAAGAGAAAAUUUUUAUACUAAAAUCUAUCAUUUAAUUCAAGAGAAUGCUUUAUUUCCAUUUAAACAUAUUUUGUACAUAUGUGAUAUAAAUUAAUGUGUUCAAAUUGUUGAAAAACAAGAUGUGUUGCAGUUUUGCAUGUAAUGGGUUAUGUAUGCCUUUAUGGGACUUUUAUAAACAUUUUUUUAUUUGCAUGGAAUAAAACAAUGUAAAUCUAUGUCACUAAACAAAGGUUAACCUUGUGUGAAAUGAAGGAACUGUCAAUUGACAGCCAACUAAUACAGUACACUGUUAUACUAGUUUUGAGCUUUAUACCUUCAGCUUUUUGUGUGGAAGAAGUCACAGCUUCCUUAGGGUUUUAAAGGGUAAGAAGAAAGGACUUAGCU